CUAUGAGUGUUUUAUAUCUCAAACAUGUUCACAGAUGCGUUAGUUUUGUGGAGUUCAGCAAAAGAUGACCACCGAAACACGCACCUACAAGAUCAAGGACAAAAAUUUCGAAGUUAAGUUUGAACUUGAUACUCGCUACAAGCUGUUGGAGAAUAUAGGCAAUGGAGCUUAUGGGGUUGUGUGUUCCGCCGUUGACACCAAGAAUGAUAGCAAAGUUGCAAUUAAGAAAAUUCCCAGAGCAUUCGACGUGGUGACCACAGCAAAACGAACGUAUCGAGAGCUCAAGAUCUUGAAGCAUUUUAAGCAUGAUAAUAUCAUCUCCAUAAAGAAUAUUCUUAAACCUCCUGACGAUCUGGAGCAGUUUAACGAUGUUUACGUAGUUCUCGAUUUGAUGGAAACUGAUUUACACCAUAUAAUUCAUUCUCAACAACAGCUGACAGACGAACACGUUCGCUAUUUUCUGUAUCAGAUUCUUCGUGGAUUGAAGUACAUUCACUCUGCAAAAGUCCUGCAUCGAGAUCUUAAACCUAGCAAUUUGCUGGUUAACCAGGAUUGUGAGUUAAAGAUUGGAGACUUUGGAAUGGCCAGAGGUCUAUCUUCCUCUCCUUCAGAACAAAAGAGGGUGAUGACAGAGUAUGUAGCUACCAGAUGGUACAGAGCUCCUGAAUUGAUGCUGUCGCUAAGUGAAUAUUCGGAAGCAAUCGAUAUGUGGUCUGUGGGUUGUAUUUUUGCAGAAAUGCUUGGAAGGAAACAUUUAUUUCCAGGGACAAACUAUCUCAACCAGUUGCAGCUGAUCCUCAGUGUUGUUGGCACUCCAUCAGAGAGUUUCAUUGAGCGAAUGGGGGCAGAACGAGUGAAAACUUAUCUUCAGCGACUACCAAGGAAAGAACCAGUCCCACUGGAAAAGCUUUACCCUGAAGAUAAAUGCCACCCUGAAGCACUGGAUUUGCUGGGGAAAAUGUUAAAACUUGACCCAAAUGAGAGAAUUUCAGUGGGUGAUGCACUAGCUCACAAGUAUUUGAAAGAAUACCACUGCGUAGAUGAUGAACCUAUGUGUUUUCCACCUUUUGAAUUUGACUUUGAGGACAUUCCUUUUACUAAAGAUGAUCUUAAAGCAAGGAUACUUAAAGAAAUUGAACAGUUUCAUAAAGAGAAAUCAUUGAUUUUGUCUCCUGUGUCAAGCUUUCCUAAAGAAGUACAGUCAAGCCAAGUUUCAUCAACACAGUCAAGAAAUGGAAAUGGUAGUGGUGCACCAAAGAAAGGCAAUGGCCCAGUUUCCUCUUUGACUUUGGUGGAUGUCAAACAGAAGAUGGAGCAAAACCUCAAAAGGAAAAAGGAGAAAGAAGAGAGUAAAAAUAAGAAGGCUAAAGCAGCUAGAAGGAAAUCAGAAAACAAAGAAACCAGGUCAGAUGACUCCACAGGGCUCAGUGACAAAGAUAAAGAAAUGUUAGCUAGAUGGGAAAGCAUGAGAAAACAAACCAAACCAUUUAUACACCCAAUCAGAAAAUACAUGCAGGACCUCAAAGAAUUAAAAGAGGAGGUUUCAGGUGGAGAUAUUCAACCAGGUACAGCAGUCACUUCACAGCCAGUUGUGCCACCUGGGAGCCAUGCUCAGCAGCAGUUUCAGUUCACACAGUUUGUACCUCAGAACCAAAAUGGCAGUGUGACAGGAUUAAAAGCUGUUAAGGUCCCAAAUCAAGCAGUGUCAAAUGUGAUGCAAACUCUACCAGGAAGUGGAAUGGCUGUACCAGGGGGAAAGAUUGUUCUUAUAGCACCCUGUCAAGUAGCUUCUUUAUCACAGUCCAUGCUGAUGAACCUUCCUGUUCCAAUGGCAACUGAACAAUUAUACCCUGCUUCUCAGAAAGCUGCAGCCCAAGGUCCAUCAAAACAAGUUGCUGUUUCUAGUGUAAGCAGUCAUGAAAGAGUGGCUAGUUUGCAGAAUAACAGCACAACAAAUUCCAUCGGCAUUCCACUUCAGGCUAAGUCUGUUCUCACUUGUACAGGUGGUGCAGUUACUGGAAAAGCUGUUUGUAACAAUGCAGACAAUCAGACAAACAAUACUGCUGUUUCAUCUGCAUUAGAAAUGUCAAGUUCAGUGACUGGUAUCUUGUCAAUGACUCUGCCAAAUGAUAUGACAACUGCUGUGUCAUCCACCCCACUGUUGCCAAGUUUGUCAUCUUCUCUUCCAGUUCUUUUGCAACAGUCAUCCAAGAACACAGAGUCAUUUUCCACUUCCACUGUAGUUAUUCAGCCUGGAUUACCCUUAGGGGCCAAAGUCAGUAACCAAGUGGCAAAUAUGUCUACAGCUGGAGAUAAACCUGGAAAUAAUGCAAUGAGUACUCCCUCAAGAAACAGUUCUUUUGUUCAAAACAACAUAGCAAAUGCAGCUACUCUUGGUCAACAACAACCAUCAACGGCUUCACAAACCUCACUGAUAAAUAAUCCACAUGUCAAAGUUACUACCAACCAAAGUGAUACCAUGUCAAAAGCUCCUCCUCAAUUCUUGUCCACUGUAAAUAACCAUUCUCUACAAACACUUGAACCUGCACACUCAGCAAGUAGCAGUGCUCUUUCAUCCAUGAUCAGUAACUCUUGGAACAGUGUUGUGCAAACUUGUACAGGCCAAACAGUUCAUGCUUCCUCCAUAACACAGACCACAAAUGCUUUCCAGUCAAAUCCAAUUUUGUCACAAUAUGAUUCGUCAUUUCCCUUGAAUGAUUCAGCUGUAUCAAAUGCAGUACCUUUAGAAACUGCGUUAAAUGUGUGCAGCAUGCCAGGACCUUCUCUCAUGAGUCCAAGAAGCCUUCAAACCAUUUUACAAACUAUGCUGAGUACCUCAGAUGCACAGCUACUCUGGAGUUCAAUGCUUAACCCUUCAGUGAUUCCAUCCCCCAUAUUUAAACAAGCUGAUACUGCAAACAAUACAGCAACAAUGACCUCCACAGCUACAGAAUCCUUCUCGAGGACAUCACCUCUUGAACAAGGAUCAGAGCAGUCCACAUCACAGCAGACUGAUUUCAAUACUCAGGCAACUGAAGCAUCUCAAGAGGACAGUGAGCUUAUUCCAGAAAGCAUCCAGGAUGCAUUCAGCGACCUUAAUGUUCAAGGGAUCACUGAACAAGAAGGGUUAUCAGAGGAGGUCAUCUUUUCCAGCAUGCUGUCUUCCAAAGCAAAAGGAACCGGAAAUGGCUAUGGUUUAGGAAUUGAUAUUGAAGAACUUCUUGAUCAAGCUGGAAUUGUUCAGGAUCCAGUACUCCACAACCUAUCGAGCCCCUAUAAAGAAUCCUGCCUGAUGCUUCCAGGCAGCUUGCCGAACAGUCCAUCACUAUCAGCUUCUUUGUUAUCUGAUUGGUUGGAUGGCAAGGAUAUGCUUCCUGUUGAUAUGGAUGAGAUUCAAAAAGAGCUUGAAUCAAACUCAGUGCUGGCACUGUUCCAAGAAAUGGAUGAUUCUUGAUGGCUCUAAAUAUGUACCAUAAUUGUAAUAAAUGUAAUAUCGUGCUUUAAGCAAUAAUUUGCUGAACAGUUGAAUGGUUAUCGUGAUUGUUCCUUUGGUCCUUAUGUUCAAAACAUGUCCAAAUCAUGGUACUCAAUUGAUAUGUUCCUUUGAUCAAGAGCGGCCAUUCUCAUGUUCAAAACAUGUCCAAAUCAUGUUACUCAAUUGAUAUGUUCCUUUGAUCAAGAGCGGCCAUUCUCAUGUUCAAAACAUCUCCAAAUCAUGGUACUCAAUUGAUAUGUUGCUUUGAUCAAGAGCGGCCAUUCUCAUGUUCAAAACAUGUCCAAAUCAUGUUACUCAAUUGAUAUGUUCCUUUGAUCAAGAGUGGCCAUUCUCUUGUUCAAAACAUGUCCAAAUCAUGGUACUCAAUUGAUAUGUUCCUUUGAUCAAGAGUGGCCAUUCUCAUGUUCAAAACAUGUCCAAAUAAAGGUACUCAAUUGACCAGUUCGUUUGAUCAAGAAUGGCCAACCUCUAAAUUAUGCUGUUAUUUUCAAGAGCAUGAUUGGCAUCAUCAAUUUUCAGAUAUUCCUUAACUUCCACUGUCCUUACAUUGCUUUAUUGUUUUAAAGCCAUUAAUUUUUUAAUUAUUAGAAGCAUUUAUAUUUCCCAAUGUACCUUUCAAGGGAGUUAUAACAUUUAUGGGAUAAAUAGUUUUUUCUAUUCUUACUUGCUUCAUCAGUGAAAAAGGAAAAGUGAUGUGUUCAAAAGUGACAUGUUUCACUUCACUUUCUCACUAGAAUUAUUGAUCAAGAUAUCAGGGGGUAGGAGAAAUUUCCUGACUUUGAGGGAGUGGGUCAUGCAUUAGGGUCUUACUUGCAUCAGAUGACUAACAAGGAAGGGGGUCACAUGCACCCUUGAACCACCCCUCCCCAUUAGAUGCCUUUUUGAAUCCUGGACUUAGGCCUCUGAAAGUCAGGAGUCAAACUUUACUUUAGUGGAUUGUGAUACAACUGAGUUGCAACAAAGGAUUCUUCAAAUU